GGUAAAUGGGUUCGCGAAUUGGCAGAAUUGAAUUUUAAUAUUUAAUUGAACCGUACCUGUAUUAUAAUCAGUUAUUAUUUACACUCGAUUACGGCUGGUCGCGUCGUGGAGAGCGAUUCUAGUGCUCGCAGCGGCAUCGCAAACGGCGAUGACAGGUGCUGUUAUGCAGUUUGUGUUCUAGUUGCGUGAGAUGGAACUCAGACUGGGAAAAAAGUGGAUUUUUCCGCUUCUGAUGCUGGUGCCUUUUCUGGACAUCGUGAGCGCACAGAACCGGAUCAGUCGGCAGAGAGGUAACAUUUUGAAAAAUUUAACUGGAACGCAUGAAUACGACAAUCACAUCGUCACAAGCCAGCUGGAUGCGUCCACGGGAAUUCGAAUGUUCUAUCGGGGCUUUCGAGAGGUCUACAAUCGGCUGUUGGGUCCCACCGGAGGUCGACUGCAGGGUGCAUUCCUACAGCAGCACGUGAUGCCGAACGUUCCUUUCCCGUGCGACAUCAGAGGAAUGCGCAGCAGUGAAGUGCCGACCAGCGUUCACCGGUUGCGACCCGGUGACAUCGACAUAAUCUCCGCCGUGGGAGACUCUUUAACAAGCGCGACUGCCGCCAAUUCCGUUGCCCUGUGGGAACUGCUAAUUGAAAACCGGGGCCUUGCCUGGUGUAUCGGUGGGCAGGGCAACUGGAGGACGCACCUCACGCUGCCGAACAUAUUGAAAGAGUUCAAUCCGAAACUUUUUGGCUAUUCCUUGUUCGACUCGUACAAUGUUCAUCACACUGCUCAGUUCAAUGUGGCCGAGAACAUUGCCACAACAACCGACAUGCCGUAUAAUGCAGCAAAACUGGUGGACCGAAUGAAACUUGACCCAAGAGUCAAGUGGGAAAAGCAUUGGAAGCUGCUCACGUUCAUGAUCGGUGGAAACGAUUUCUGCUCGGAUGUUUGUUAUCAAACCAAUGCCACCGAGUGGAUAAACGAGGUACAAGAAAAGUAUCUCAUCAAAACGCUGCUCUAUUUAAGACACAAUAUGCCAAGAACCAUCGUCAAUCUCGUCCCAACACCGCUCAUCAGUCUAUCUUUCUCCAUGGAUAAAGCCCAACAUCUUCCCUUUUCCUGUUAUCUCUCGCGACCAAUUGAAUGUUCCUGUCUGUUUGGUCCCAAAUAUUCCAACCAAAGAGAUCUCUAUCGACAGUUGGAGCGCAAUUUUGCCAAAAUCAUGGAACGGAUCAGUUAUCUACCGGACUUCCACAGUGACGAUUUCACUGUCGUGUAUCAACCAUUCUUCAAGGAAGCCAGCGUGUUCUAUCAGCGUGAUGGUAAAGCGGAUAUGUCCAUCAUGUCGGUGGACUGCGUCCACCUGAGCCAGAAGGGACAUGCGCUGUCGGCGAAUGGACUGUGGAACAACAUGAUGGAGCCAACGGCGGGCAAGACUGUUGGGUUUAAGCGACUUUUCGAAGAGUUCAAAUGUCCGACGGCUUCGAAUCCUUACAUUAGGACUUACUUCAAUAGUUGAUGAAAUGUGAUAGAAUACAGUAGUAAAGAUUGUUAUUUUAAUUUUUAAUUUUUUGGUAACAACAUUUUUUCGUUUAUUUUAACAAUUGUUUGAUCGGGAUGAAAACACAUGAUACUUUGAAUAAAUUAACUCAAUAUUUUCGUUGA